UCUCGCUAUUCCCUAAUCCUCUCUCAUCCUACGGCUCACAUUUAUCACCCUAUAUAUUCCUUGCUUUUCAUUCCACUUUCUUCAUUAAGAAAAGGAAAGAGAAAACACAAGAGAGAGUCUAAAAAUUUGUCACAGACAUGAAUGCAAAAUUGGAAUUUCCACUUGAAACUCUUGCUUUCAAUUACUUGAGCUUCGGUUUCUUUACUGCCCUUAUUACCGCUGUCGUUGGCUUCUGGAGGAUUAAAGCAUCUUCAACUUUUCCACGUGGAGACUUUUCCGGGGCCCCAUCUUCAUCCUCGCCGACGCCAACGUUGGUAACGUCCUCAUUGCAGCAGGUAAAUGAGACUGUGUCAAAUGAAUCAUUGUCAGCAGUUACUACUAUGAUAUGGCCUUUGAGCAACGAGGAGGUAGGAACAAAAGGGAAACUAACGGUGUACUACAAGCAAGAUGACGGUGGAGAAUGUGAGGGCAAUGAAGAAGGCAUCGAUCAGGAAGGAGAAGAUAACGGCAUUAAGUUGUGUGAAGAGUUGUUUGUGAAUAAUUGGGAGAAAUUGUUGAAAAUGAGAAAUGGGGAAAUGGAGUGGUAUUGUUAUCAGGACAUGAAGAUAAUUGACGGCAGUGUAGUUAGGUUGUGGGACAGUUGUAGACCACGGAGGGAAGUGGAAAAAACUGCUUUCUCGGUUAGUGUAAUUAGUGCUUGGUAGUCGAGCAAUUGUAAAUGGUAGUUAGGAUAUAAUGCAAUAACGGUUUUCACCGCUAUGGAAUUUAAGAAAGAAAAAUUGUAAGCUUUUUUCGAUGUUUUGUAGUAAUACCUAAGUCUUGACAAUGAAAACACUGGAUUUUUUGUCUUU